GUUGCUCAUCGUUGAACGACGGAAACAGCUGCGAACGACAAUGCAGAUGAUCCUCGGCUGAUAGGAUGACAAUGAUCGCGUUCUUACGUAGAUACGAGUCCGACCAGAAGAAACAUUACAGGCUACGAACAACUAAGCUGGUGUGUGUUGUCGUAGCCAACCUCUGUCACUGUCGGUGACGCUGCCUUUUGACUUUUCACCUACGCGGCCGCUGAGACCGUCCUGAUGGAAACAGACCUGCCAUGCGGAACACUCUGAUGGGAGCAGACCAACUUUCGUUUUUCGCAGAAGAGUGUAGUGGGGAUCAAUUAUGCAAAUAAGGCGGUUAUCGUUGUGGAAACCGAGCGCUCCACCAGCGUGCGGCCUUUCCCGACUGGAGGUCAGAAGCCUUUCGCUGGGCGGAAAAAGCACAUCCAUGUGAUGGCUGUGACGCAGCUGGAGUCUCUGCUUCUGUACUGAAGGCACUGCAAUAUGCUGUGGCGGACAAAAGAAAAUGCUUCUUUUUUGCUGAUUCUUUUCCCCACCCGCCCCCAGAAACGGAGUCGCAGCAUUGAAUGAAAUGUGUCAGCCAGAGAGAUCCGAUCUUGCUUUCAGAUCACGUAGAAAUAGCGAGCAUCGACCAGCUACUACAAUUCGUUUGAAGCACGACCAGGAACCCAGGAGCUUCAUGUGCGCUAUAUCUGCUUAGUCUCGCAGCACCGGACGUCUUUCUUCAUAUUGUGAUCCCCCCUGUCGAUUGAUAAAAGCCGUGCCUUUCUGCCGUGGCUUUGAUUUCAAUGAUGCGCUUGAGUUUAUUCACCUUCAUUCCUCUGAUCCGUUGACAACCAGGGCGCAUGAGUUAAUUCUUGAGCAUAAGUAAGUAGAAUGCCUCGACGAAAAAUACCGCACGGUGGUAGCAGCUGUAUCGCUAUGAGUGCCUGUCCCCACAGGAAGCACGCGCGAAAUUGACGUUGGUCAUCGCUUUCCAAAAAGCAUAAACUGAUUCCAUGUCUUCACCACAGUAAAGGAAUGUUGUAUCCUCGCAAUGAAGACAUGACAAUGAAACUCAUGAUGGUUAGCCCGGUGGCGUCCCUUCCUACAGUUGUAAAAACGAGCAAUAAUAGCAACAAGAAGAGCAGUUUGAAAACAAGUGAUUCGUGUGUAGUGGUCGGUGGACUUCUGCGAAUGCUGACAAAUGAUGAGCUCACCGUUGCGCGACAUCCUACCGCUGAUAAAAGUGAAGGACUGGACGUCGCCCUUUAGGCAUCAGAAAAAAACUGUCGGCGCUGGUGGGUCUCGUAGGCUGUGCAUGAAUUGAAGCUGAUGUGGUAUGCUUUCUCCACUCACGACGCACACCCAAACCACCUUGCGUCUCUGUGUCUUGCUCUGAAGCUUCUUACUAGCUUGCGGUGAAUGCAUUUCAUUUUGAAACUGAGGCCGGUAGUUUUUUUUUGUUUCCUUCCAUACUCCCCGUGCAGUCUGGUUUGCAAACCUAUUCUUUGCUGCAAUCACACCCUUUGCCUUUCAUUCGAUCUACUUCUCUAGUGAUGUGCUAAGCAUCUGCUUCCCAGAAAACAAAAUGAAUCGUAGAUUCUCCUACUUGUGAAGCGCAUCGGUCAUCUUAUUUGAACUUGCGGCCUUCGUCAGUUUGAAGAAGAUGACUUAGUUCAUGUUUCGAACCGAUGCAAAAGGAAUUUCCUUCGCGAAGCGCUUGACUUUUCCUCCGCUUGCAGAAGAAAGUGACAAGUUGCAUCUUGUUAUCUGACAAGCGAACAGAAACUACAGAUCAAGGCUUUACAACCCUUUUCGAUUUGCUGAUUUCUUGACAUUAAGGCGUCCUGAGCGGCCUCGACGAAGAACGAACCUGGCGAUGCCGCGGGUGUCUGUACAUCGAGGCGUUCCUUCGGGAGCUUCAGUUGCAGGGAAAGCAGGCGCUGCUGUCCACGGCGUUUUUCUAUCUGCAGGUCUUCCACGCUUACAUUCCGUUCGACCGAGAAGACCUUGGAGUGACCGCGCUUGGCUGCGUGUUUCUCGCCUGCAAAGUCGGCGAAAGCCAAAAGAAGAUGCGAGAAAUCGUGAAGGCUUACCAAGCCGAGCUGCAGGCUGCUGCAGUCUCCUCCGGGAACCCAGCACAACAAAUCAACGCGUCGUACAGAAACUGCGACUCCAUUUUUCCGUCCCACAUGAAGAAAUGUUGCAACAAACGCGUUCCUGUCAGUACAGCUUCGUCGCACUGUGGAUCUUCGUGCAAUUUAUUACUACUUUUCUAGAUGAAAAGAUCAUUUGAAGACUUAAAAAGUGACCUGGAACCACCUAAACAGUACCGCCGGCGCGCUGAGCGAGCUGGAGGUGUCCGAAUUACGCGAUCAGUUGCACAAGAUCGAGUUCUUUGUGCUGCGCGCCAUCAAGUUUCACCUGGAAAUGCCGCCAGCGGAGGGGCGAUUGAUGCUGGAUGUGUAUCUGAAGCGCUUUCGUGCUCUAUUCGUUGACGGGCGGUUUGAGCUGAUCACCGAUGAAGACGGUGGGGACGCGGGCAACAUGAGUGCGGCGAUGCUGGACCACGCUAUGCAUGGAUUUGUCGACUCAUACACAUGAAUCGUGAAGCUGAAGAAGAAAGCUUCAAUCAUCUUCAUCGCGCUGGUUCAAAUGUUGAAAAUGUUGGGUCUCCGAGUUCAUCGAUUGCGAUAUGUGUAGGUCUGCAAAUUCCCAAUUCCAACUUCAUACAACGAGGCAGCCAGAUCAGGACUCGAGCCGCGAUUACUGGUGCAGACUGCGAGGACGGCCGCGAGGUAGAAAAUGCGGAGCGCCGGUAUCCUACGCUCCCGUUUGCAGUGCGGAUCUUGGAAGAGGGCGCGACGUGGGAAGAGCAUCGGCUCCGCACGCCCUUUGUGGAACCUCGGUGGGGCGAGGACUCUGUGCUGACUCCACCGUGCACACUUCACUUUCGAUUGGACCAAGACGCGGAAGGCAAUAUCGACUUGCAGCCACGCGAAACUGCAAGCGCCGUGAGCAGCACCAGUAGCAAGGAACAAAACAAGAACCACAAGAGUAGAAGCAAGAUUGAGCUGCGCAACAGACUGGUGCAUCGCGUACUCGACCGCAGACUGAUGCUGAUCGAGGCUGCGAAGCGGGCCGGAGUGGAUCUCGAGCACGUUCAUGAGGAUUGGCUGGAUCCGCAGGUCUGGGCGGAAAUUCGGGCUACCGCGCGGAACUUCUACACGGACGCGUUUCGCACCUUCGUUGUGUUGCAGUUUCUGCCUCACAAGAUCGCACUGGCGGCACUGUUUCUGUCGAUUGUGUUUCGAUGUCAGAAAAAACCUGAGUUCGCUACGGGGUUUGACGACUUUGUGCAGUUUCUGGAGGAGGAGGAAGCGCGCGGAAGUAAUUCAUCUCCGAUGGUGGGACUUACGAAAAUGGAAGGACUAUAUCGAAACUUGUUUUAUUUGUCGCUCACCUGCUACUAGAAGAUAGUUAGAAGCGACCACGCAUGUUGUGCUGUUUCUCGCGUCCGUUCAUGGUCUACUUAGCUAAACGCAAGGUGUUGACUCUCAUUGUUUUCCUAGUAGCCCUGCACUUCGUUCUGCAUUGCAUCUUCCAAAUUGAGUUCCACUCUCAUUACAAAAUUGAGCAUGGCAACUCGUUGAAGACAAGUGUCACUAUGUCACAUGCAUAGCCUCACAGCCCUCGGGUUCUUCGGACCUGCAACAGCAGCGGAGUAGCACGGUGGAAAAUAACCAGAACCAGUCGAAGAAGUACGGACAGCAGGCGGACACCACGACACCGGUGGUACACGAUACGCCAUCGACGGCACCGCCGCCUCCGCCCUCGACCUCCACGUCCCGUCGGCGCACCGCUGGCGAUAUCGCGAAGAUACACCGCGUGGUUUCCGAGCUGCUUUGUUUUCUAGAUCCUUCCGUCUCCCCCGACGACCUGGACCACAUCUGGCAAGAAACCAUCACCAUGGUGAAGUGCCACACGAAGGAGGCGCAACGCGGCGUCCGGCUGAAGAAGCCCGCGAAGCCCUUCCGAGAAGACGACCUGAUGCACGUGUUUGCAGAUCGUCCCGAUAAUAUUAACAAUGUUCAGAGAGCAGGAGCUCCUGCCGCAGGAGUAAACGUCGAACAGGAGCAACAGGCGGAGAGGGUUGCUGCACGAGUUGGCAGUAGCAAAACCAGAAAUUAUGCCGCGGCAAGCAGUAGCAAAGCCACGGCGAAAAAAGUAGAAGCCUACAGUGCGGCAGACGACUUUGUGCAUCCGGAAAGAAAGCGGCUGCUUGAAGAAAAAAAGGCCUCGGAGCGGAAAAACCCACUGGUCGUCGUAUCGGAGAGCAAGAGACCGCCACCACCAGUCGCUAGUACUGUGCGCGGCGAGGGUCUCGCUCCGCCGCCGCCGCUACCGCUGACGAAGUUUGACAAAAGUUCGUCUUCGAAACGACCAUUGCAGGCGGCAGACGAGGACGAUGACAAGUACGAAGAUUCGAGCCAGAACAAGCGCAGUCGGAAAAAGCACACCCAGCGCAAGAAAAUACGGAGUGGUUCUUUGAAUGAUGCGGAGGAUGCGGAUCCACAAGAAAGCGAAGGAGAUGUUGACAAUUUCGACGAAGAAGAGUCUUCGCUGAAGAAGAGCAGCAAGGGCGAGCUGCAUAGACAGCAGUCCCUGUCCCUGGUGACUCCGGAGGAGGCUGACUCCGAUGACGCAGAACUACACGAGAGCGACCCUGGAGAAAAUGCACAAAAGCAGGCCCUCAGUCGCAGUUGCAAGAGAAAAAGUGCGCGUAGAAGGUCUUCCCGGCCGAGCGCCGCAGAAAACGGAGCGCCACGGGAUGAUAUUGAAGAUGUCGCAGAGCUGCAGGGGCCCCGAACAAGUCGAAGUAAAAACGAUCACAGGCGACGAGGAACAAGCGGGCGCAGGAAACGAAGAUCCAGAGCCAGCUCGUCGAAGAGAGGGAACCAGGCGAGCAGCGGGAGUGCCAAGCGAAGACGCGUCGUGCGCAGACCCACGCGGACCUCAAGUCUGUCCUCCUCUUCGUCGUCCUCCUCCCAUUCGUCCUCGUCUAGCGAUCCGUCUUCCCCUGAUGCGGCCACACCUGCAGAAGGGCAGGCGGAAGGCCAUGACAAGAAAUAGGGGUAGCGCGGCUACGCAUUGAGACUGCAUUUGUACACCUGACCUGCGAUCGUUAUCAUGAAAGCUUUUUCGUACAUUAGUAGUUUCUUUGACCCCUUUCACGACCUGACAAGGGAUGGCAAGCAACGCCGAGCUGCUUAUUUACGUCCACGCUUAUA